AUGAAAUGGAAGUCUUGGCAGGUCAUGCCUGACGAGAUGAGGAUGGAGGUGCGCGGACAGUUGUCGACGAACUAUAAUUUAGAGGACCUCGACAACGAGUCUUUGACGUACGUCAACAGAGUUGCUAUUCAGGAGAGUUGCCCGAAGGAGCUUGAGGGGUGGGAGAAUAGUUGGGCGUGGCUUUGCAGUCAUUUUCAGGAGGCCAAUUAUGUGAAGGCGAAAGCAAAUAAGGGCAAUAGGGACAAGAAGACUCUUCUCCACCAUUCAGGUUCCAUGCCCUUCUCAUAUAGGAUGGAGGCGCUGUGGUGGGGGGGUCCAAAUUUCCGGAGAUCGACGUCUUUGGCGACGUUUAUAUUCGACCUGGGAGUGAGUUGGCCGAGCGACGAUGAUGGAGAAGAGCCAGUUGGUUUUUCAGGAGUCCACCUCCCAACUUCCUCCCGAUACUCCGCUCAAGUCUGUGGAUCCUUCACAAGAUGCGGGGUUUCAAAUCCUGAUGGAGACCCUGGAUCAGACUCUCAGGAGGAGGCCAAGGACAUAUUGUCGAGGGAUGGGGAAUGCCUGGCGACGGGAACCUAG